AACCGGGCGCGCCGCGGACGAGGGGCGCAUGCGCGGGCCCCCCUCGUCCGGCCGGGCGGGGCGCGGCGCCGGGGUCGCGCGAUGGCUGGCGGGCGGAACGCGCGGCCGCUGACCCUGUUUCCCUCUCGGCCGGGCAGCGCCGGCUGACGGACCGGCUCCUGCGCCGCGAGUGUGGCGAUGGCCGGGGUCAUGGCGGCGCUGGUGCUGGCGCGGCCCUUCCGCCGCGGGCCCUCCUGCCUGGGGAGGCUGUUCCGGCGCGGGGCGGGAGGCGCGACGUGCGGCCCGCGGGGCCGGGGGGCGCGCCGCGGCGCCGGGGACAGUGAGGUGCUUCAAAAAAGCCUUCGGAGGGGGGUUGUGCUUUCAACAGGGGCCUUUCUGGUUUAUGGAGCUCACAAGCUGAUUUCUGGCUUUGCUGAGGUUCAUGCAAGCUUCAAAGUGGAAGAAGUUGUAGAGCAAGCAGACUACCUGUAUGGGAGCGGAGAAACGGAAAAGCUGUAUCGGUUGCUGGUUCAGCAUAAAAAUAGUGAUGACGCAGAGUUGUUAUGGCGGCUGGCGCGGGCAUCACGAGACCUAGCUCAGCUUAGCAGUACGUCUGCAGAGGAGAAAAAACAACUGGCAUAUGGAGCCCUUGAGUAUGCAAAAAAAGCACUUGAAAAAAAUGAAUCAAAUUCUGCAGCGCACAAGUGGUAUGGAAUCUGCCUCAGUGAUGUUGGAGAUUUUGAAGGAAUUAAGACUAAAAUUGGAAAUGCCUUUGUUAUCAAAGAGCACUUCCAGAAAGCCAUCGAACUGAAUCCAAAAGAUGCUACAACAAUUCAUCUUAUAGGCAUUUGGUGUUACACCUUUGCUGAAAUGCCAUGGUACCAAAGAAAAAUAGCUGCAACGCUAUUUGCCUCACCACCAACUUCCACAUUUCAAGAGGCUCUUCGUUACUUCCACAUGGCAGAGGAAGGUAAUGCUUCCAGCUUUUCUGGAAAGGAUACUGACCCAAAUUUCUACAGCAAAAAUUUGCUCUUUUUGGGGAAGACAUACCUGAAGUUAAACAAUAAAAAGAUGGCUCUUCUGUGGCUAAGCAAAGCAAAGGAGUAUCCUGCACACACAGAAGAGGACAAACAGGUACAGAAAGAAGCUUUGGAGUUGCUUAAUUCUAUGUAACAAGAAACAAGACGAUGGGAAUUCAGUGCCUCAGGUUUGAGCAGCACAGGAAAAACACCCCAACUACUACUGUGAUUUAUUGAAGCUGUUAAUGAAAGUAUAGCCUAAACCUGCUGUCUCCAGCUUGUUUCAGUUAAACUGUCAACUAGAUCUGUUUCACGUUAUCCUGUCUGUUGAUUUUCAUGGGAAUGAAGGGCAUCAUUGACACAUGGGGUAUAUAUUCGAGAGGAGGGGCUGGGACGGUAGAAGGGAACUACAAUUUGGAGACACACAGAUGACAACUUGUAGAGAUGAAGUAAAACUUUCUUGUUCUUGCUGCUUUUUUAGCAGGACUUUCACCAGGAAAAAUAAAUGAACCUAACUUAGAUUUCCAGCACAGAAAAUAUUUAGCGUCUUUCCAAACAAUAUAUUCUCAUUACCAAAGAGAAAAAGAGGACCAACUAAUGACAACAUGGCAGGCAAUCAACUAUACAUGGUACUGCCAGUAGAAAGUCUAACAAUCUAGAACAAACUGACUAUAAAUACUUAGUGUUUGCUUUAAUAGAAAAGGAUACUGCAGUCUGUAGGAGGAAGAUGAAGGGCAAGCUCAUGCCAAGUCAGCAGUGAAAACAUGCCUUUUCUGCUGCAGAAAGCAGUACCUGCACGCAGAGGAAGGCUAAUCCAGUUACUGAGUUAAGAUUGUUGAGUGUUGAGAGAAGAGCAGCUGAGUUGCUUGCAGGAAGAAAGGAGCAAGCAGAACCCAUGAACUGCACAGUAGCUCCUUCAGGUAGUAUUACUGCCCCCAUUCCCUCAUCUGAUCCCCAGCCUUUGCUGCCUUCCCUCUCUUUGCUGUCUUCCUCCUUACCCCUGAAGCACAGCAGAAUUAAGGGGAAUGCAAACAGGGAAAGUUACAAUGCAGUGUUACUGAAAUCCCCAGAAAGUCUAAGUUAACUGUACACAGACACACACAUGUAUACAAAUAGUUGUUGGCUUGGUUUUAUUUCCUGAGAGCCCUGCUUUCAGUCAGUCCUUUGAAACCAAGUCAUAGAUCAUAGGGCCAUGUACAGAGGGCCACUGGGUUUGUUUCUCCUUCCUUCCUUUCUAACCCUUAUCCACAGAAACAAACUACUGCAGUUACGAGACAGCUAAAAUACCAAAACAAUAAAGCAACUACAUUCUCGUGA